CCCGCGCCCCCUCUCCCAGGCUCAGCUGCUGCUCGCGGGGUCCCAACUGGCGGGGCUGGCCGCGCUGCUCCCGGCCCCCCAGCAGCUCCUGGCCCAGGCUCAGCUCUUGGCGGCCGCGGCCGCGCAGCUCCCGCAGGCCCCGCUGCCGCUGCCCGGCCCCAUCCAGCUCUCGGCGCAGGAGGUUCAGCAGCUGCUGCAGCUCCAGCAGUUGGUUCUGGUGCCCGGACACCCCCUGCAGCCCCCGCCCCAAUUCCUGCUGCCUCCCGGCCCAGCAGGGACAGACAGCAGGGACAGACAGCCCCCGCCCCAAUUCCUGCUGCCCCCGGCCCAGCAGGGACAGACAGGGCUGCUGCCCCCCCCCAACCUCUUUCAGCUACCUCAGCACAGCCCGGGGGGGCUCCUGCCCAACACCCCCCGCGGGGGGCUGCACGCCCAGCCCGGGCCCCGCCCGGGGGUCCCCGAAUCCCCGGGACCCCCGGGGGCCUCCCCAAAAUGUCCCGAAAUCCCCCCGGGGCCUCCCCCGGAGGAGCCGAGCGACCUGGAGGAGCUGGAGCAGUUCGCCCGCACCUUCAAACAGAGGAGGAUCAAGCUGGGAUUCACCCAGGGGGACGUGGGCCUGGCCAUGGGGAAGCUCUACGGGAACGACUUCAGCCAGACGACGAUCUCGCGCUUCGAGGCGCUGAACCUCAGCUUCAAGAACAUGUGCAAGCUGAAACCGCUGCUGGAGACCUGGCUGAGGGACGCAGAGACGAUGUCGGUGGACUCGACCCUGCCCAGCCCACCCCUCGCUGGGCCCCCCCUCCCUGGGGGGCUUCGAGGGGCUCCGGGGCGGCGGCGCAAGAAACGAACCAGCAUCGAGACCAACGUGCGCUUCGCCCUGGAGAAAUCCUUCCUGGCGAACCAGAAGCCGACGUCGGAGGAGAUCCUGCUGAUCGCGGAGCAGCUGCACAUGGAGAAGGAGGUGAUCCGGGUCUGGUUCUGCAACCGGCGCCAGAAGGAGAAACGGAUCAACCCCUGCGGCAACUCCGGCAAUUCCGGCAACUCCGGCAACUCCGGCGGCUCCGGGGGCGUCAGGAACGUCACCGGGAACAUCGGGAACGUCACCGGGAGCAUCACCGGGAACAUCGGGAGCGUCACCGGGAACAUCGGGAACGUCACCGGGAACAUCACCGGGAGCGUCACCGGGAACGUCACCGGGAACGUCCCCAACGCCGCCGGGAAGGUCCCGGCCUUCGGCGCUCACGGGGUGACCCCGCCCGGCCCCGCCCUCGCCCUCCCCCCCCCCGGCAGCCUCGGCGCCUCAGUGACGUCACUGUCCUCGGCCGCCGCCUCGGGGGGGCGGUGCUGGGGGGGGCUGCUCGGCCCCGCCCCCCUGGCCACCAUCCAAGCGACAGCGACGCCGCCCCCUCCCCCCCGCCCCUCCCCCACCGCGGGGGGGGGGGGGGGAGGGGGAGGGGCAGAGACCCCCCCCCCCUCGAUCCCCUCCCCCACCUCG